AUGUUGAAGGGCGCCGGAUUUUUCGCUCUUUGUGUCACGAUUUUUCUCCACCCAGCAAAAGCCGCUGACGCCCUCGUUGAGCCGCAAGACGAUCAUGCCUUCGCCGUGGAACACUUUGCCGCGGGUGCAGCGGGCCGCGCCCUCGCUUCCUAUGAGAACAACUACGCGGGCACCACCACCAUCACGUCGAAAGACGCGGGCGACAAGACCAAAGAGUGUAAGGAGUGCACCAUGGAAGCGGCGAAGCAUGUGAUGAAGUACGUCUGGGAUGAGGUGCAAGAGAAGUGCAAAGAUAAAUCGCCCAGCACUUUGAUGGACGACGAGGUGCAGCAUGAAGAUGAUGACAAGAAGACGCACUGGUGCGCGUUUGUGAAGGCGCACCCGAAGAUGGCGGAGGGGUUACUGAUCGAGAAAGUGAAUCCCUUGGCGCUGGGCUACAUGUACUGUCUCGGCAAGCAGGUCUGCGACAAGAAGGACGACAAACCUGCUGGCCACCAGGGUCUUGAUGCGGAGGACGAGGACCACGCCGGCGGGUUGUCCUAUUUCGAUCCCAAUGCGCAGGAGUUGCAGUUCCUUGGGGCUGGGGAGCAGAUUGUAGCGCAGAUGAUGGCAUCAUCCGCGACCGCAGAUGAAGGAGAAGAGUCGGAUGUUAAUCCUGAGGACGGAAAGGGCAAGGGGAAAGGAGGUCCUUACUUAUAAUAUAAAGGACGUUCUUCGUUAAUAUUUCAGCUCAAGUGCAAUUGUUUCACAACUACCAGACAUCAACACUAGAGAGUUAAUUUCGCAGUUACAUUAGAUUUUGCAGAAGAUCGUGGUGGAACAUCAAACAUCAAGAUGAUUCGCGCCACAACAAAAAAAUCACCACUACAGGUAAAGGAGAGGGCCCGAACAAGGGCAAGGGGAAGAAGGGUAAAGGAAAGCACCACCACGGCAAGGGUAAGAAGGGGAAAGGAAAGGGUGGCGACGACGAUUGCGACGAGGACGACGAUGAUGAUGAAAAUAAGAAUGAUUCCGACAAGAAGACCGAUGACGCGAUGGCGGACGCCAUGCUGGCCAUGUCUCCCGCCGCUGCGUCCUCCAGUUCCCAUGUCGCUGGGCUGUGUAUCAAACUGAAAAAUCCCCCCUCCCCAUAUUGAAACGGAAAUUUCUGUUGCUGGAUUUGGAUACACAAAUCAGUUUUGUCUUGCUGGAGAGGACUGCAGGCCUAUACUAAGCUUGAGUAGAGAGGUUUUGGGCUAGGCGCUGAGCAUGGGAAACGUCUAGUCUGUAGGGCCCACAGCAUCACAAACCGCCUGCAGUAUGCGGCAGAGCCUCUGGGGUUGCGUUCUUGCAAGACAGAGACGAUUUGUGGUCACAAAUCAGCAUUGAAAAUUUUUCGAGACGUGCCUCUUCGAUACGGGGAGGGGGGAUUUUUCCUCACAAUACUGUGCAAGUGCUGUUUCCGGAAGUUAACGCGGAAGGUGAUGAAGUUUGCCGUCCGCGUUACCAAGAAGAUGUGUGCGAAGGCGGACAAGGGCAAGACCCUGGCGGCGUUCUGCAAGUGGGGUGAGGAAAACCCGUAUGAAAGUGCACAACUUCUUCUUCCCCUCAUUUGUAUUGCAUGAACAGCAAUACAAACGUCAGCACCCAUACAAGUUUUGCAUGACAAAUUUGGACAGGAGUGUAGUGCUACUUCGGCUGCCCGAACUUGUCAUGCACACAGGGCUAAGAGGCAAAGGAUGAAUUUGGUCUUUUGCAUGACCAAUUAUGAGGGGGAAGGGGAGUUGUGCGCUCUCAUAACCCGGAGAUGGCGUUUGGCUGGUUGCUGGGAAAAGUGGAGCCGCAGAAGUACGCGCUGCUGCCCUGCAUGAAGUGGGGGAAGACGAACAUGUGGCACAUGCACCACCACAAGCAUGAUCACAUCGGCCAUGAUCAACAUCACGAGUUGAUGUACCACUCCCAUGUGGAACUACAUGAAGAGCGUCAAGCGGGCCAUAGUAAGCAUAGUUCUUGGCCGGGAAUGAAGAACCUGUUGGUCAGCCUGCUGUCCGGUGGUCGCGCGCCAGCUGCUACUGUGCAUGAAGAAGCUGCUACUUCCACCGAAGGGGCUCCUCCUUCUGCGGCGCCCGCGGCGGUCGGCGGGGAGAAGAACACUGCUGCGGAGCAUGAUCAUCCACACGCUGAGGUUUACGUGUAAGUUUCAGGAGCAGGCUCAGUUGGAGUUAGCAGAUGUACUGCUAGUGCUGGUGCCCUAUGCAGUUGUAAUGUAAGAUGAUGAUGAAACUACAUCUAUGAAGAAAAAUAGUUGUGCUUCCUACAACGCAAGCACGUUGGCAUGAUUUCAAUGAAGUUUGUAUACCACUGCUGGAUCAGAUGCAACGCAAUCGGAGUCCUCGACUCAGAUGCAGUGCAAUCGACUCGCAUUGGUUGUUUGAAUGGUAGACGAGCCACUAUCUUCCUGAAUUCGAAAAUGUACAGUCGAUCAUCCAAACUUGCAAAGUCUACACGUGUAAGUAUACGCAAGCCUACUUUAAUAUUCGAGUUUCCAACCGUUUGUGAAGAUGAAAAGAAGUCAAUUGCAUCGUUUUUUUUUUGCUUCUUCUCCAAGAAACUAUAAUUAUUUCUGCGCUGAAGAAGCGCCUGUUUGAACUGUUUUUGCCGAUGGAAUAUAUAAUUGUCAACACGACUGUAGUCUUGGGAAACAAAACGUCAUCGCGUGAGUGCCAUUUCCUGUGGUGAAAACUGUUUGCUCAACAACACUCCGCUCGUUUUGUUGCAAAAAGACAAAGUCAAAAUAUAGAAAACCAAAACUGAACAAGGCGAAGAGCCCAAAGUCCAAAGAGCUACUCAAGCUUCCCUUUGGGAUUUUACCUUUCAAUAUAAC